AUGGCAAGGAAUUUGGUGUUGCAAAUCUGCAAUGGCACAAAGCUGCCAUGGAUUGAUUUGGAUUGUUCCCCAAAUGAAGGAGUCCAAAACCAACCAACCAAAGUCUCUUCCUUUUCCUCUGGGUCUCUCUUUUCCAUGGCUUCCUCUGCAUCUUCUUCUUCGCUCCUGAAGCUAAUUUACAUAGCCAUAAUCCUCACAUCGCUUUUGAGCCUGCAAGUUUGGUCCUUCAAGUCCCCAUUUCACCCGCAAGACUUGCUUCCUCUGUUGCCCAGACAGGUGUCCUGGCCUAUCCUCAACUCCCUCCACAAUGCCGUCGAUCUUCUUCCGUCAUUCGUCGGCGCCGUUUCGUCCCCCGAAAAUGCCCUGGAGUGGAAGGGCUCGUGCUUCUCCGAGAACAGGGCUUGGAUGGAGUUUCACAACGAUAGCGGCACCGAAUUCGGUGGCGGAACACUUCAUAUCAAGGUUAGCAAAGCUCAUAGUUGGACAUGUAUUGAUCUUUAUGUCUUUGCGACCCCAUAUCGUGUAACAUGGGAUUAUUAUUUCCUAUCCCGGGAGCAUACACUAAAUUUCAAAGAAUGGGAAGGGAAAGCAGAGUAUGAGUAUGUCAAAAAUAGAGGGGUUUCAAUUUUCCUCAUGAAAGCUGGAAUGUUUGGGACCCUUAGAGCACUUUGGGAUGUCUUCCCCUUAUUUACAAAUACUGGGUGGGGUGAGAAGGCAAAUCUUGGAUUUUUGAAUAAGCACAUGGGAGCUUCUUUUGUUGCACGCCCUGAGCCAUGGGUUACAAAUGUCAGUGCUGAUGACAUUCACUAUGGAGAUUUCCUUGCGGUUUCAAAAAUUCGAGGCCGCUGGGGUGCAUUUGAGACUCUGGAGAAGUGGGUCAGUGGAGCAUAUGCUGGUCACACUGCCGUUUGCUUAAGGGAUUCUGAUGGAAAGCUCUGGGUUGGGGAGUCAGGACACGAAAACGAAAAGGGAGAAGAUAUUAUUGCUAUAUUACCGUGGGAGGAAUGGUGGGAAUUUGAAGUGAAUAAAGACGAUGCCAACCCUCAUAUUGCCCUUCUUCCUUUGCACCCUGACAUGCGUGCCAAGUUUAAUGAAACUGCUGCAUGGGAGUAUGCUCGAAGCAUGGAUGGCAAGCCAUACGGUUACCAUAACAUGAUUUUCAGCUGGAUAGACACGAUAAGUGGGAACUAUCCUCCCCCCUUGGAUGCUCAUUUGGUUGCUUCCGUUAUGACAGUAUGGAAUCAGAUCCAACCUGAAUAUGCUGCCAACAUGUGGAAUGAAGCCUUGAACAAACGACUUGGAACUAAAGGACUUUCCCUCCCUGAAAUAUUAGUAGAAGUUGAAAAGCGAGGAUCAUCAUUUGCUGAACUGAUGACUAUUCCAGAACAGGAUGACUGGAUUUACAGUGAUGGGAAGUCAACUUCCUGUAUCGCUUUCAUUCUAGAAAUGUACAAGGAAGCUGGAUUGUUUGAUCCAAUUGCUAGCUCUAUUCAGGUGACAGAGUUUACGAUAAAAGACGCUUACAUACUCAACUUUUUCGAGGAUAAUUCAAGUCGCUUGCCAAAAUGGUGCAACAGCGAAGACACUGUGAAGCUGCCAUAUUGUCAGAUUAAAGGGAAGUAUAGAAUGGAACUGCCUGGAUACAACAGCGUGCAACCAUAUCCUCAUAUGAAUGAACGGUGCCCUUCGCUGCCUCCAAAGUACCUUAGAUCAGAGAACUGUUAGAUGCUCCCAAUUCUUUCCACCUCCCUUGGGGUUGAUUGAUUGUUUCAUCAGAUCAUUGUUCCUCUAGAAUUUUUGGACAGUGUAGAGUUUGGAUCUUCGACAUCUUUGUCUUCUGUUCUUUUCUCAUCAAUUUCAAAGAGAGAUAGACAAAGAAUAUAUAGAACUCACUUAAGUGGUGGGGUCUAUUUGAAUGUGUGGAACUCAUUUGUGUGAUGGGUUCUAUAUAGUUAUGUCUAUUUCAUUUUGAAACUGAGAGUGGGAUAAAAAGAAUAGAGAGGAUCCAAGGUCUAGUUUAUAUGCAUGAUUUUAGAAAAAAUGCAAAUUUAGUUGAACAAUAAAUUUUAUCAAAUCAUGCACGUCAUUCGAUUUAUCGUUGUAGCUAGAUUAAACAUGAUGUAAAUAGAUGGGAUGUGAAAACUUGUAUCAUAUGAAACCCAUAUUUCAUGUAUUGACUCUUCAUAUUUCCGUUCGAGCAUUCCAGCUUUGGUAGCCAUUGAGCGAAGCCCA